AUGGAUGAGGAAUUGGCUUCUCACGUGAAGCUGUCAGGAAAGACGGCGCGCCCACAUAUACCUCAGCUCCGUCUCGAGUUGAGCGCAAGCAAGAGACUGUCCUUGACGGUCCCAUAUCAUAUUUCCUUCACCUUCGAGCAUGAAAGUGGUCACGAGGGCAUGCCGCUCAUCCUCGAGUGGAGUACUGUGACACACGGGUUCAAGAUGCCAGGACUCGUGCUUCUCCGUCAUACGACCGUCGGACUCGAAUCAAUAGCUGUUGAUCAUUCAGAGCGACUAGAUGUAAGCCGACACGGACCGAUAGUAGUCAAUGGGUGGAACGAAAAUCUGUGGGAGUUGGACCCUAAAGGAUCAUUCACACUCAUGAGCACAUUGCCUGGUAGAUAUCAAAAGCUACUCGAAACCGAUGAAACAUACACAUUACUGUGGCCAGGCGCCAAGAUUGCAUUGUGGGAAUACGGCACGGUGCGCGAACACAUGGGCCAAGAGCUCGACGACAAGGACCAGCCUCUGCUCUUACCUGGUGGACCUCACAUCACCUUCUCGACUCACACUGAAAAUGAGCCUUGGCCUGACCGGGCUGCUACAGAAGCUCGAAUCGGGUUUGAACGAGCCAAUUUCGCAGAAGAGACUUGGCGACAUGAACAAGCAAGAGCGAAAGAUACAUUUCCGCGUGCGAGUAUCGUCGAACGCGGUACUAAUGCUCCGGUACUUACUCUGACACUUGAGUGUCCUUCAAAAAUUUGUCACGGGGAGACCGUUGAGGCCGUGGUAAGAGUCACGUAUGAAGCUGAGGCAAGCGCACGACCCGUAACAUUUCAUACCAAUGUGUUCCAGGACAACAAUAGCUACCAGACUGGAAGACUUAAAGACGGUAACUGGGUAAAUUAUGACGAUGACAGCGGAUGCGGAUACCGGAUUAUGGACGACCCCGACGUGCUUGUUGCUGUAGGUCAAAGCGAGCAUUUUGUCAGUUUAGAGCCGGGCGAAUCGUGGACGACAUCGCAACGUCUAGGAAUUGACUGGUACGGAGUUCCAGAUGAUGCCAAAUACGGCGAAGUUUUCCGUUACGUCUUCUGUGGUGAGACGUUGGACUGGUGGAAUUGGGGGUCCAAGGCUGAGCAUGAAAAAACAGUUGUCAAGCUACCCUGUUUUAUCGAUGGACCUGUGACUGAUCCGAAAGACAACGAUGGAAGGCCAGCAUUCAUUGUGCCAAUAUCCAAUGUGGUCGAGUAUACAUACACAAAAUAG